AUGAGUAAUGGACAUCGACAGAACUCAUUAGACAAUUUAGCCCAUAUAGCUAACAUGUCUCACGAGUUGCAGAUACUCAAUCAACAAGUAAGAGAUGAGACAGGAGGACAAAAUAACAACUAUUACAACAAUAUUAUUAGUAACAGAAGAAAAGUGGACCAAACUCAGAAUGGAGGAUCUAAGGGCGGUAAGCCUAAAAGGAUGGCAUGUGUUGAAUGUCGACAACAGAAAUCUCGUUGUGAUGCUUAUGAAAAACAGCCCGCUCCUUGCACCAGAUGCGCCAAGAAGGGCCUUAAGUGUGAUUUAAAGUCUGACUAUAAGAGAACGUACAAGAGAGCAAGAAUAGCACAGAUUGAAAAGGAGUUCUCAGAGUUGAAGAAGAAUUUGACUGCAGCUCAGGUUCAGGAGUUACUAAAUAGGGUUCCAUCGUUAUCAGACUCUCAGUCAGACUUUCUUGAAGAUUCUAAGCCGCUGCCACAACCUACCUCAUCUUCUAAGGGAAAUCAACUUGUAAGCGAUCCGAAGCAUGGGUCGAAUCCUCCAGUUGGUGAUCUUACGGCAGAUAUAUCGCUGAACUGGUCCUCUACUAUUUCUUCUGCUCAAAAUACUUUUGAACCGAAGAGUUCAAUUUAUUCGUCUGAGGCGAAUAUUUCUAUACCAAAUACCCCAUCCAUUUCCAGGCCACAGGAUCAGCUUGAUAUUGGCUAUCAAAAUACCAACUCAAAAAACAAAUUAAUCGUUCCUGAAUACUUGUUGAUAUGCGAACCAAAGAAAAUUGAUACCAUAACUUUAUCAUCAGAAACAAUAAAAACUCUUUUCACAGAAUAUGUUGAUAACUACCAUCCAAUUCUACCAGUUGUUGAUAUUUUGAGGGGCCCCGAAAAGAUUCAUAAACUUUGUCCGGCAUUAUUCUGGGUGAUUAUGGUUGUAUCACUAAGGAGAUACAGGAAUGACAUGCAAAAAGAUUUAUUAAUGCAACUUUCCCCAAUAAUAAAAGAUAUUUUAGCAGAAAUAACGAUAUCUCCUAUUACAAAUUAUAGCCCCACGGAGGAUGAUGACGCAUUUUUAAAUGCUUGCUCCGUAUAUUCUGUUCAAGCAUUCUUGUUGUAUACGUUUUGGCCACCGAUAACAUCAUCUUUAAGUGCCGAUUCUUCUUGGAACACCAUAGGAGUUGCAAUGUUUCAUGCAGUUCGUAUUGGUCUUCACCUUCCAAUAGUUUCUCCUGGUCAAAAAGAGCAGGUUUCAGAACAAAAGUUGGAAAUUGCUGAAGAGCAAGCCCGAACAUGGGUAGUUUGUAAUAUCGUUUCUCAAACUAUUGCAACUUCGUUCGGAUUUCCUGCUUUUGUUCAAUUCGACUCCUCUAUGUGGAGCGUGAACAGACCUGAUAGUAUGUUAGGAAUACCUAAUUCAGUUAAAUUUAUGAUGGAAAUUGCACAGUUUGAAGAUCUAGUGUCUAAGACUUUAAACUCAAAUCCUUUAGAUGCUUAUGGGCUAAUUGAUCCAACUGAGAGGCUACCUUUACUCAAAAUUUUAUUGAGGAAGUUAAAUGAAUUGGAGUUAAGGUUGGCUAAAGAAUUGCCCUCUGAUGAUGGUUACAGAAAAUUUCAAUUAUGUUCAGCUAGAGUACAUUUGCUAACAUACUAUUUUAUGGACACUUCAAGAAUUGCGGACUUUGAAUUAAACUCUGGUUUAGUAAAGCUUUAUAAUUCCGCAAUUUCGUUAAUUGACCAUGCUCAAUUAUGUCAUGCAAAAGAUAAAACUUUCGCUAAGUAUCUUCCAGGUGUCAAUGUUUUAAAUAUAUGGCAAGCGGCAUUUAUCAUCGGAAAAUUGGCGCAUUCUCCAAUGAAAACUUUUCUAGAUUUAGGAUCUGGGAAGCAAAGUUACUUAGCUGCUGUCUCAUUAGCAGCAAAAGCUAGCAUAUUGAAACAUGAUAUAGCUUAUCGUUCAAGUGGCAUAAUGAGGAGCAUGUGGCAGCUCUUUAGAACACUCGAUGAAAAGAAACUAACGAGUUUAGGAAUUGCAGUGAGGACUAGAAUGGCAGCUUCAGUUUUUUUUGACUGUUUGAACCUUUUAAAAACUCAAGUGGGCAUGAUUAAAUUAAACAGCCGACAUGAAUCGAAUCAAGAUAUAGCAGAGAAUGAGAUUGAAGAAGAAGAGGAAGAACUGUCGGAUGAAAAAGAGGCACAAGAGGAUGCAAUUCUCUCGGAUGACGAAGAAGGACUUGGAGGUGCAACAGAAGAAUUCCAUCAAAAAUCUGGUAGCCAAAAAUCUACUCCAGGAAGCACUUCAAGUAAAGGAAAAAAGCAUAGAUCUCUCUCAAGCACAAUGGAUGCCGAAUCCAGAGCUAGAAAGAUAAUACGAACAAUACCGCUAGACCCACAACCAAUUCCUGCUAAUAGCAGUAAAAACAGUACUUUUAAGAAUUCAAUUAAAAGUUCCAACGAAUCGUCGCCAAGAGUGGUAUCAGAUAGAGGUACUCCUAUUAGCCAGGGAGGUGGUAGUGGACCAUCGUCCACUAACAGUGAAAAAAUAUCACCCGGACCAUCCAAAGCACCACCUAAGCGCAGACCACCACAAAUUAUUCGAAAGCCAAGUAACUUGCCUCUGCCACUCGCAACGAACCUACAACAACUGCCUCAUCAACUGCCUCAAGGACCAUAUCAACAAAUAUAUCAACACCAACAACAACAAGUACCACAAGCUCGACAUCUACAACAGCUGCAAAUGGAAUCCUCUCAGCCUCAAGAAACUCAAGUGAGAAAUGCUACGGGAAGGACUGCAGCAAACAUUUCCAGUAUUGCACUAAAUGAUUCUAUUCCGGGAGGUUUGGACAACCUUGAGCUCGAUAUGUUUGAUGUAAAUAGCGAUUUGAUCUGGAAAGAUGUUGACAGUGUUAUGAAUGAGUUUGGGUUUCAUACUCAAUAA